AUGGACAUCACAGCCAAGAUGGAAAUAAGCGUCACACAGCAGCAGUUUAUCCCACCCGCCUGCUUUUUUGCCGCCGCUGCACAGAGCAUCCAGCUUAGUCCGACCGACAGCCAGUGCAGCGGGAAGUCAGCAUCCAAGCAGGUGAAAAGGCAGCGCUCGUCUUCCCCAGAGCUGCUGAGAUGUAAGAGGAGACUCAGCUUCGCAGGCUUUGGGUACAGUUUGCCCCAGCAGCAGCCGCACGCCGUAGCCAGGCGAAACGAGAGAGAAAGGAACCGAGUGAAACUUGUCAACAAUGGUUUUGCCACCCUGAGGGAGCACGUUCCGAACGGCGCCGCAAAUAAGAAGAUGAGCAAAGUAGAGACACUGCGGUCCGCCGUGGAGUACAUACGUGCCCUCCAGCAGCUGCUUGACGAGCAUGAUGCUGUGAGUGCCGCAUUCCAGUCCGGCGUUCUUUCGCCAGCUAUCUCACAGAACUACUCCAACGAUAUGAAUUCCAUGGCGGGUUCUCCUGUCUCCACUUAUUCUUCAGAUGAAGGGUCCUACGAUCCUCUUAGUCCAGAAGAACAGGAACUUCUGGAUUUCACCAACUGGUUCUGA